UUUCACAUUUCAUAAUUCAAAAAUGAAAUAUCCCAAAAUUUUUCCCGAAGUUGAAAUUAACAUUAACCUAACCGGAAUCAUUGUUUCUAGUCCUAGGCUUUCGACGCCUCGAUUCAUACCCUUUGAUAUAACAGGAAAAUGUCAUGAGUGUAAGAGUACUGAAGUAGAAUUAGAUUUCGUGAUAACAAAAGAGGGUGUAAUAGUAUAUUGUACCCGUUUCAAUGGAAGCCGUUUCGUCCCCUUUGAUUCAUUUUUCGAUUUACCAGGACACUGUUUUUUCAAAAUUAAAAAUAAAGGUAGAGUAUUCAAUAUCCCAUAUAAUUCAACGUCUAAACCUUCUGUAAAAAAGGAAUUAAAAUGCCCACCUCAGCUAACCUCUGAAACACAGCUUAAAGGUCAACCCCUAGAAAUAAGUAGCCAAACAUCAAUAAUAAAAAAUAAUAUUUUAAAUUCAGAUUCUACAACUAUUACUACAUCUACAGAAGCUACUCCACAAUCAAUUACUCUUAAAAUUCCCAAACAGGAGAUAAUUGAACCUUCAUCACAACCUCUUGAUUCCCAUCCCUCACAAGAGAACAUUGAAGAGUUUUUCCAAAGUUUAGAAGCAUCAGUUACAGGGAUCCCAACCUAA